AACAUCCGGGCAUUUGAAAGGCGGUCGGUUCGUCUCGAAGAUCAACAAAACAGACAUGGCAAGUUACGGGGGAAAGAAAAAUGCUCUGGCAGGGAGGGGAAUGAAGAAAGGUGGUCCCAAACCAGAGCUUACAGAGGAACAGAAACAGGAAAUCCGAGAGGCGUUCGAUUUGUUCGACACAGAUGGCUCUGGUACAAUUGAUGCAAAAGAACUCAAGGUGGCGAUGAGAGCGUUAGGUUUUGAGCCGAAGAAAGAAGAAAUAAAAAAGAUGAUUUCAGACAUCGACAGAGAAGGAACAGGUACCAUUGAUUUCAACGAGUUUCUGAUGUUGAUGACACAGAAAAUGAGUGAAAAAGAUGUAAAAGAAGAAAUCCUUAAAGCAUUCAGACUGUUUGAUGAUGAUGACACUGGUAAAAUCUCAUUCAAAAAUCUCAAGCGUGUAGCCAAAGAACUAGGGGAGAGUCUAACAGAUGAGGAACUACAGGAAAUGAUAGAUGAAGCAGAUCGCGAUGGCGAUGGUGAAAUUAAUGAAACAGAAUUCCUGAAAAUCAUGAAGAAAACAAGUUUGUACUAGUAUUCUAAAAAACUUAAUAAUUAUUUAGACAUUCCAUUGAUUUCAUCUUCACAAAGUGAGAGAGUCUGGGACCAAGCGAGAGGGAAAACAAGCAAGAAGAUCUGAAUAUGUGCCGGAACUUACAUGUCUGUUUUGAAGGUGUUAUGUGUACAGUAACUGUUCUGUUUCAUCUCGUUACUUAGUAUAAAGUCUCAAGUGUCACAACAAUUCUCCAGGAAUUAUAAAUGCUGCCAGUUUCUGUUCUGAAAUUCUUUGUUUAUUUAAGAAAAAGAUUAUAGCCUGGAGUUUUGGUGUAAUUACGUAUGUGCUUUUUUGGUCAAAGGGAGAUUACUCAUAACCAGUUACAGAUGAUUUUUGCCAAAAUUUCUUAAAUUGGUAACAGUCAUUCUUAGACAAAAAACUGUAAGAAAUCAAUAGUUUUCUCAAAGAAAUGUAAAUGUAAGAUAGUUAUUCCCUGAACUAUGACAAAAAAUAAUUAGUUACAUAUUUUUCUUUAUUGUAAUACCUGUCAACAGUUUAACGGAUAGAAACUUAAAACAAAUCAAGUUAAACAUAUUCUAGUUCCAUGUGAAGUGCUACAGAAUAUUGGUUUUAAUACAGGUUGUUUCAUUAAUGCUGAUAUAAAUAUCACCAAUUUGUCUGUACAUUGCUUAUAAACAAAUGUUCAACCAUUUAUUUUGUAAAUAAAUAUGAUUAAAUAUAUAUAUUAAAAGUG